GGCCGCUGCUUGUUUUGAGCCGUUUGGGCCGAACAGAGUUCGGUUCUGCAGGAACAGAAUCAAACUCUGGGCUUUUUACGUGCAGGUGCUUGAAGAACCACAUCUGUUAGACGCAACGUUUCCAAAGCGACACCAAAAAAAACUGUAUUAAGCACCAAGAAACAGGAAUUAUCCAUGUUUUAAUCCAGGGAACAGAUAUGAUGAAGUUCUUCUGGAUCAUUGGGUCAACAGACGGAAAUGUUUUAAAGUCCAGGAGAGUCGGAGCGCGUUUGUUGAGCAACAGUCAGUGCUGACUGGUCCAUCACCAUGCCUGCGUCUCUGCUCGCCAUCUGCCUCCUGGGAGGUUUGUUUCUUCAAGUGUUCGGCCAGGAUGAAGUUCUUCCAGAGCUCUGUGAGGAUGGAAACGGUGGCUGUGAACAUUUCUGCCUCGUCGUUGGGGGAAAUGUACGAUGUUCCUGCGCUGACGGAUACUUCCUGGCACUGGACAACCGAUCCUGCAGCUCCAAUGAAACUUUUAAAUGCGGUGCCAUCGUCCCCAACGAAGUCCAGAACGGAACCGAGAAGAGAAAGUCCACAGAGGAGCUCCAGAGGAACCAUCAGCCAGGGACCAUGACCUCAGAGGACUGUCCACCAGGACAAUGUCCUUGGCAGGCUCUCUUGAUCAACGAGGACAACAUCGGGUUCUGUGGGGGAACGGUUCUAACCGAGUACAUCAUCCUGACCGCCGCCCACUGCGUGACCGAAACCCGGUACCUCACCAUCAGGCUUGGUGUCUCCAACUCGUCCCACGGCGGUGCUAACGAAGCUUUGCACGUGGUGGACGUCGUCGUCAAUCACCAUGGUUACAGCCCUGUUAAUGGCUUCAACGACCUCGCUCUGGUUAAGCUGGCCACGCCCAUCAGGUUCACCGGCUUCAUCCUGCCGGCCUGCCUGCCGGAGCCGGACUUCGCAGAGAAGGUUCUGAUGCGGCAGCCCCACGGGCUGGUCAGCGGCUUUGGAUAUGUGGGAGCGGGGCAGUCAUCUGCCGUUCUCCAGCGCCUCCCUGUGCCCUACGUAGACCCGGACUCCUGCACGGAGUCCACACAGCUGCGCAUCUCGUUACGGAUGUUCUGCGCCGGCUACAACUCGACCACAGAGGGUUCCUUCCAGGGCGACGGCGGCGGCCCGCACGUCACCCGUUACCACAACACCUUCUUCGUCACCGGCGUCAGGAGCUGGAGCAAAAGUCACCCACGCGGGGGAAAGUAUGGCGUCUACACAAAUGUGUCCAAAUACAUCCGCUGGAUCAGACAAGGCAUCGAGAAGCUAACGCCCGUGGAGAAAGGCGGUACCAGGCCAAAGAGACCCGGCACCAUCUAGAGUUCUGUCUGUAGCCCAGUGCAGCCAGACAAACCUGAGUAAUCCACCCUUUAGCUUAGAGCUGCUCUAAGAGAACAUCCUGGUGGAGCUGGAGUCCCUCAGGGUUGAUAGUUUGGCCCCCGACUCUUCAGAUCUAGUCUCCAUAUGGGAGGCAGCAGAGAAAGCUGACGUAUAAUCAGCUAACAAAGCUAAAACCUCGCUAGUAGAAGCGGUUUAACCCAAUCUUAGACGAGAUCUUUCCAGAACUCAUACAUUUAGAAGACGAUUUAAAAUGUCAAAAAUGAAUUUGAUCGCAAUGGGAAAUAUUACACUGCUGUUUUAAAUGAAUGUAUCAAAUGAAUGAGAAAAAAAAUCUAAUUUAACCAACAUGUUAUAGAUUUUGGGCUAUAAUUGAUAAUAUUUUCAAAACAUCAGCAUAGAUCUUUGGAACCAUGUAAAAAAAUAUAUCUGAAGAAAUAAAACUCCUUCUGUCAUUGAUGAAUGUGGUUAAACAUCCAGUGUGUCUUAUCCAUUAACAGUGUUGCUAAUAAAGGCUUUCAAACUGC